GUGGCGUCUGAGGGCGACUAUGGCGAGACAGGCAUUGAGGCCUUUGAGCUAGAGGCUCGUGCCCGCAACAUCUGUGUGGCCACCUCAGAGAAAGUGGGCCGUGCCAUGAACCGUGCGGCCUUUGAGGAACCUGGACCCUUGGAACAACAGCCGGAAUCCCUGGUUCCGUGAAUUCUGGGAGCAGAGGUUCCGCUGCAGCUUCCGGCAGCGAGACUGCGCAGUCCACUCUCUCCGGGCCGUGCCCUUUGAGCAGGAGUCUAAGAUCAUGUUUGUGGUCAAUGCAGUGUAUGCCAUGGCCCAUGCGCUCCACAACAUGCACCGUGCCCUCUGCCCCAACACCACCCGGCUCUGUGACGCAAUGCGGCCAGUCAACGGGCGCCGCCUCUACAAGGACUUUGUGCUCAACGUCAAGUUUGAUGCCCCCUUUCGCCCAGCUGACACCCACAAUGAGGUCCGCUUUGACCGCUUUGGUGAUGGUAUUGGCCGCUACAACAUCUUCACCUAUCUGCGUGCAGGCAGUGGGCGCUAUCGCUACCAGAAGGUGGGCUACUGGGCAGAAGGCUUGACUCUGGACACCAGCCUCAUCCCAUGGGCCUCACCCUCAGCCGGCCCCCUGCCCGCCUCUCGCUGCAGUGAGCCCUGCCUCCGGAAUGAGGUGAAGAGUGUGCAGCCGGGCGAGGUCUGCUGCUGGCUCUGCAUCCCGUGCCAGCCCUAUGAGUACCGAUUGGACGAAUUCACCUGCGCCGACUGUGGCCUGGGCUACUGGCCCAAUGCCAGCCUGACUGGCUGCUUUGAACUGCCCCAGGAGUACAUCCGCUGGGGCGAUGCCUGGGCCGUGGGACCUGUCACCAUCGCCUGCCUGGGUGCUCUGGCCACCCUCUUUGUGCUGGGUGUCUUUGUGCGGCACAAUGCCACACCAGUGGUCAAGGCCUCGGGUCGGGAGCUUUGCUACAUCCUGCUGGGUGGUGUCUUCCUCUGCUACUGCAUGACCUUCAUCUUCAUUGCCAAGCCAUCCACGGCAGUGUGUACCUUACGGCGUCUUGGUUUGGGUACUGCCUUCUCUGUCUGCUACUCAGCCCUGCUCACCAAGACCAACCGCAUUGCACGCAUCUUCGGUGGGGCCCGGGAGGGUGCCCAGCGGCCCCGCUUCAUCAGUCCUGCCUCACAGGUGGCCAUCUGCCUGGCGCUUAUCUCGGGCCAGCUGCUCAUUGUGAUCGCCUGGCUGGUGGUGGAGGCACCAGGCACAGGCAAGGAGACGGCCCCCGAACGGCGGGAGGUGGUGACCCUGCGUUGCAACCACCGCGAUGCAAGUAUGUUGGGCUCGCUGGCCUACAACGUGCUCCUCAUCGCACUCUGCACGCUUUAUGCCUUCAAGACUCGCAAGUGCCCUGAAAACUUCAAUGAGGCCAAGUUCAUUGGCUUCACCAUGUACACCACCUGCAUCAUCUGGCUGGCAUUCCUGCCCAUCUUCUACGUCACCUCCAGUGACUACCGGGUACAGACCACCACCAUGUGCGUGUCAGUCAGCCUCAGCGGCUCCGUGGUGCUUGGCUGCCUCUUUGCGCCCAAGCUGCACAUCAUCCUCUUCCAGCCGCAGAAGAACGUGGUUAGCCACCGGGCGCCCACCAGCCGUUUUGGCAGUGCUGCUGCCAGGGCCAGCUCCAGCCUUGGCCAAGGGUCUGGCUCCCAGUUUGUCCCCACCGUUUGCAAUGGCCGUGAGGUGGUAGACUCGACAACAUCAUCACUUUGAAGACCCCAUACUCCCACCCUGACACAGCUGCUCCUGGGAACCUAGUGCAGACCCGCGUCCAGGGCCAGGAGGAAGUUGGCUGGAGCACUGCAAUAAUUUAUUGCCCACCCCAUGUCUGCCCCCAAAGUCACUUACCCACCUCCUUACCCCAACUCUUCAGACUCAGAAGUCAGGAGCCUUGGCUGGGAGCCUCUGCAGUGGCCACGAACUGCCCUUGUAGCUGUGUUUCAUCCUGGCCAGGCCCAGGGCUUGGAGAGGAGCAAGCCAGGGUCCAGUCUGUCCUGGACCGGGGUGGCGGAGGACGGCAGGCCCCAGUCCUAACCAGCAAAGGUGCUUCCAGCCCAGCCCCUCCCCCUAUCUAGGACCUUUUUUAUUUUUUAUAUCAGUUAUUCUGGGAUGGGGAGGGUGGUUAUUGUGGGGGCUGCCCCUCCCCCGCACAGUAGUUUGUCCUGUCGUUUAUUUUGUAUUACCUGUAAAUAAAGUGGCUUUAUUUUAAAAAA